CCUGAGCCAUGGGUGUGCGGUAGAAUCUAUAUCCCCAGCACCUUAAGGACCCAGAUGUGACAUCAGCUGUGGGUGGAAGUUGUCUUAUGCCAUUACAGCACUUGAAUUUUUUCUCCAAUCUAGGUGACAUAGAAAAAUUAACCCCAAGUAAUGCUGACGUUCUUCUGCACGGUAUUGCUGAUGAUCUGCGAGGCUUCCUGCCAGUGGAGGCGAUGGUUGGAUCAGAGAACCAAGCCAUGGAGAAUCUUCACAAACUCCCCAAGCCCACCCUUCAUGUAGAUGCUUUCCUUUAUAAUGAUGAUACAAUUGACUUAUUAUGUGAUGAGGGGAAAAUGAGUCGUAAUUACUGUUUGUCAUGUGGCUCUAGAAAAACAGCACCUAUAGACUUUCUUUCCCAUUCCUUUUCCAUCGUGGAACUCAAAUAUCUCUUCCAGCACGUUUUACCAGAUCUAAGUGAGAAGACGCUUGUAGAUGUGGGUUCAAGACUUGGUGCUGUUCUGUACGCGGGGUAUGUUUAUAGUUCGGCAAGACAAUUGAAGGGUGUGGAAAUUAAUGCUGAUUUAUGCAAUCUGCAAGACAAUAUCAUAAAGAAGUACCAGUUCACUGACAGAAUUCAGGUAUACCAUUCAGAUAUUUGCAGUCAGCAGUCUCUUCUCCACCAUGCUGAUGUAGUUGUACUAAAUAACGUUUUUGAAUACUUCCUGGACACGGAGGAACAAAUAAGGACCUGGAUAUUUCUUAGGGAAAACAUAAUGAAAAAAGAAUGCCUGCUAGUGACGGUACCAAGCUUAAAAGAAUCCCUCCACAAACUCCAGAUAAACCUACAACUGAAUCAGUGGGUGGAAGAAAUUGAGCUAGAUCCAGAUAUCUUCUUAGGAUCCGAGACUGAUCGGGAGUCUCUUAGUGACAUUCAUUUGUACAGAGUUUUAUAGAAGAAGCGUAAGCGCUGUGUGUGGGUUUUUUCCCCCCCUUCUGCAUCUCAGUGACCGGUACUACCUGAUUGGAUUAGGGGUAUAUUUAGUAUUGUGUGGGUUUAUAGAAGUAGAGUGUUAGCCAUAGCAACCAAUCAGAGUCUAGCUAUUAUCUUGUAGAAGGUGCUAGAUGUAGAAGUAGAAUAUGAUUGGUUGAAAUGAGCAACAUAUCCACUUCUAUAAACCCGCACAUUAGUGAGUAUACCGCUUAGUCUCUCUGUUUCAGGAUACAGACUCCUCAUGCAAGUGACUGAUACCUAUCACACAACAUGUGUUUUUAUUUUAAUUCUUUUCGAUCAAAAAUGUUUUAACAUAAAUUAACAUCUGAACUUUGUGUUUUCUGCACAUUACUUUGUUAAACAUUUUCAGUUUUACAUUUCACAGCACCAGAAAAACUCUGCUGACUUUGCUGCAGCUAUGCAUCCCUUCAUACUGUAUACCAGCCACAAGCUGGCUUUCAGAAUUAAAAGAACCGUUAGACCUGGCACUUAACUGUACAGUUGUACUUGGGACAUGAAGACAGUCACUAAAUUUAAAAUACUGUACAAACUGGUCUGUGCACAAGUUUCAUCAUUCACAAAUCUAUAGCCUAAAAUAGAUCAUAUUGCUUAAACAUAGAAACAUAGAAUUUGACGUUUUGAUAAGAACCACUUGGCCCAUCUAGUCUGCCCCUUUUUUAUUUUAUCCUUUAGGCAAUCUAAACCCUUUUUUAACCUUAAACAUUUGUAAUGAUAUUCAUAUGCCUGUCCCAAGCAUGUUUAAAUUGCCCUACAGUCUUAGCCUCUACCACCUCUGAUGGGAGGCUAUUCCACUUAUCCACUACCCUUUCUGUGAAGUAAUUUUUCCUUAAAUUUCCCCUGAACCUCCCCCCCUCCAGUCUCAAUGUAUGCCCUCGAGUUCUAAUACUUCUUUUCCUUUGAAGAAUGUUUCCCUCCUGAACUUUGUUAAGACCCUUGAUAUAUUUGAAAGUUUCUAUCAUGUCCCCCCUUUCCCUUCUCUCCUCCAAACUAUACAUGUUAAGAUCUUUUAGCCUUUCCGGGUAAGUUUUGUGAUGUAGGCCAUGCACCAUUUUAGUUGCCCUUCUUUGUACACUCUCUAAUGUAUUUAUAUCCUUCUGGAGAUAGCUUCUUGGUACAAGGAGAAAACGAUGAUCCCACAAUCACAUAAUUGUCAUUUUCAUUUGUGGUUCAAGAACCUAAAAUCUUUGAAGAGUUCCUAUCCUAUAUAAUAAAUAAAUAUAGAAAAAGACCCUCUAUGGGGGUAA